AUGAGGAAGGCAUCGACGACCACAGUUCCGAUGUUCGCCGGCAUGGGGGCGGUGAAUAGAACGGUUUCCAAUGCUUCGUUUUGCUUGUUGCCUUCCUUCUCAUUUGCAUCGAAUGGCGCGAAAUCUGCGGUUAUUGGCUCUCUUUUGCAGCGCACCUACUCUACAUCUCCAUCUCCCGCAGCUGCAUCUCUCCACGCAUCUCCCCCGCCUGCAAACGCUGCCCCGAAGCAGCGAGAGGAAGAAGAGGAGGUUACACAUUUCGGCUUCAAAAAUGUGCGAGCCAAGGAGAAGGCGUCGAUGGUCGGGGAAGUCUUCCAUCGCGUUGCCUCCAACUACGACCUCAUGAACGACGUCAUGUCCGCUGGUGUGCACAGAUAUUGGAAGGACCGGUUCGUGACAACCUUGAACCCGCUGCCAGGCACGCGCAUUCUCGACGUGGCCGGCGGCACCGGCGACAUUGCCUUCCGCUGCCUCGACCGCAUGAAGAGCACCUCCACUUUCUUCUCCAAGGCCCCCGGAACCGGUCAGCGAGCAUCGUCUUCGGUCACCGUGUGCGACAUCAACCCGUCCAUGCUCGCCGUGGGCAAGGAGCGAGGCAUCGCUCGCGGGUACACAGAAAGCACCGAUCCGUCGGUGGCCUGGGUGGUGGGCGACGCCGAGCAGCUGCCCAUCGACGACGCCUCCAUGGACGCCUUCACGAUUGCCUUUGGCAUCAGGAACUGCACCCACAUCGACAAAGUGAUCAAGGAAGCGUACCGCGUGCUGAAGAAGGGCGGACGAUUCAUGUGUCUCGAGUUCUCGCACCUCGAGAACCACCUCAUGCAGCAGGUGUACGACACCUACUCGUUCCAGGUCAUCCCCGUCAUGGGCCACGUCGUGGCCGGUGACAUGGACUCCUACCAACGGUUCCCGAGGCAGGAGGUGUUUGCCGAUAUGAUCGGACAGGCGGGCUUCCGGGCGGUGACCUUCGAAAACCUCACCUUUGGCGUGGCCGCCAUCCACUCAGGCUGGAAGCUCUGA